CUUUGGCGGGAUGUCUUUUUUAGUAAAUACCAAUCAUUCUGAAAGCUGAUAUUUUACCUGCAAACAAAUCUCCAUUGCACCUAAUUUAAUUUGCUUGUUAAAUAUUGUUUUUCCUUGUUUUCUUUCCUUUUGGGUUAAAUCAAAAGCAGAAAAUCUCAAUAUUUUCUCCUUGUUUCACUCUCUCAAAUAUCUCAUCCAACAGGGAAGUUUUCAACUUACAAAAUACCAUCCCAACAGUUCAAAAAUAUUAACAAAAAAAACAAGUUUUUUCCCCUUUCCUUCUUCACUCUGGUUUUGUCUGAAAACCGAACAUUCUAUGCUCUUUCUUCCAGCUUAAGCACCAGCAGAUCCGCUAUCAGGUUGCAUACUUUUAGUGUAUGGUUCACCCACAUAUGGAUUCAGUACCAUCAUAGCUAUAAGAGAGUGCUGUCAAUCCUCAUGCUUCUGCAACUGACACAUGACCAUUCUUGAAUCCUGCCUUUGGGCCUUGGUGUAUUAAAAGAUUGUAAAGAUUUUAAGAAGAUUCCACAAAGUGGAUGGGAUAAACUGUAUAUAUCCUUUGUUCCUGCUGAUUCUGGAAAAACGACUGCGAAGACAACCAAAGCAAAUGUGAGAAAUGGAACUUGCAAAUGGGCUGAUCCAGUCUAUGAGACUACAAGGCUUCUCCAAGACAUCAAAACUAAGCAGUUCGAUGGAAAACUCUAUAAGCUUGUUGCGGCAAUGGGUUCCCCAAGAUCCAGCCUUCUUGGUCAAUCUUUCUGAUUAUGUUGAUGCAUCAAAACCUUCUGUCGUUUCAUUGCCUCUUCUUGGCUGUGAUUCUGGAGCUACAUUACAUGUCACUGUACAACUGCUAACCUCUAAAACUGGUUUCAGGGAGUUUGAACAGCAACGAGAACUUAGUGGGAGAGGUUUGCAGGUUGGCCCAGACCAAAAUGGUCCUGAUCAGUCUUAUUCUGGGAAAGUAUCAGUUUCUGAGGAGAUUGUCAACAAUCGCAUUGAUAAUUCAUUUAUUGAGGAAUACAGAUUACAAGAUAUGUUCCUCUUAUCAAAAUCAGUGAUUUUAAGGUGUAUGAUAUCACUUCUUCAAGAGAACUGUCUGCAAAUACUCCCUGGUUCAGUUCAGUUCAGAAGCACAAUAAAAUUAUGGAGAUAAUGUUUGAAUGGAGCUUGUUGUUACUAAGAAUGCCAUUAAUAUUGUAAUGGACUUAUAUCACUUUGUUAUAGAAACCCUCAAAGAGGCUGUGGGGUUAUAAGUAUGUGAAGAUAAGAGUCAAGAUGGUUAAAAUGAGUUCCAUUUAGCCCUUUAGCUGUCCCAUGCUACAAUAGUAAUAUGCAACAAGUACUUUUAAUGUAUCUUUAAAUAUGACAUGCUCUUUUUUUAUUUUUAUUUUUGGGUGAAAAAUUUGCUGUUUACAUCAUGUGAAAGGCCGUAUUGUAGGCUCUUUAGUUGUUCUGAGCUUUUUUAUGAAUUUCCAGUAAAUGCUUGGCUUUACAAAUAA